CGGUCUCGUACCUUUUUGGACGGAAGGGUUGCCAACUCUCGCGUAUUAAUAUCGUGGCGAUGCGCACGAACGGCGUCAGUCGAGUUUUGCGGCGGGUUGAAUCGGAUCGGUGUCGCGGUGUCGCGCAAAGCGCUUACACACAGGUAUCACAGACGCUCACACCAGCACAGGCCAGCGCAGUGGUAGUAGAGCAGCAGCGUGCAGCAAGCCAGAGUCUCGCCCAGCCACGGCAGCCCUCCUGUCGGACGGCCAGCAGAGGAGGACGUGUUUUUUUUUUUUGACUAGACGGAGGCGCGGGGUUCGAUCGGUGAUCUGUGUCCGGCCAAUUUUCCCUCCUAGCCGAGCAUUCGUCGAGCGACGGCCGUGCGCGCGGUGUGUGUUUCAUCGCAAAGUUGGAACUCUGAAGCCGUUGGUUUGGCGCAUCGGUCAAAGCGGUCCGAGCGGUAGAGUGACAAAGAAAAGCCCCAUUUUGGCCCCCCCCCCCCCCCCCCUAGUGAAGUGUUGGGGUCGUCCUUGUGUAUGUGUGCAUGUGUCUCUUGAGAAAGCGAGUGUGUUUUUUGCUAUUUGUGGUGCAUCAUCGUGCACGUGCUUUUCAUACACGCCCGGUGUGUUGGUGGUUUUGGGUGUUCCGGCUGCGUGUCUAGCCGUGCGAAUUUUAUUGCCGCGUUUGUCAGACUAGAAUUGUAUCAGGGGAAACCCCUGCAAACAGCAACAGUAGAAGGCUGUGCCGUGUGUCUGCAGCGCGCACUGGUGACUUGUGUGCGACAGUUUUCGCUAGGGACAGUUUUGGAGGAACAGUAUCGGAAUUUGCCUCGGGAAGUGCCCCGUGGGCCAAAAACGUAAGAGGACGUCCGAGUCCACGCCUAGCCAAGAUGAGUGCCACACCGCCGGUCCAUGUGCUGCAGGCGAUACACGCGUUCGUCGCCAAGAUGGGCAUCCGGGAGCCGCGGCUAACCGUGUCGAGCGGUUCGCGCAACGGCGACAGCUACUCGGGCGACGUGUACCGGAUCGUGAUCGCGCCGGGCAGCCGGGACAUUGAGGACUUCGAGAACAACAACAACACGAACAGCAGCAACCGGAUGCACGGCGAACGGCCGGCCACCGCCGGCCACGGGCUGCCCAUCAAAGCAACCACCACCACGGUCGAUGCGAACGGCAACGAGGAGAAGGACGACGGCGACAACGGCCUGCUGAACGCAGAGCUGAUGUUUGCCGAGCUGCCGAAGCCGUUCAGCGUGAUCGCGAAGGUGGCCCCGACCACGAGCCUGCGCCGCUCGCUCUACAACAGCUCCGCGCACUUCCAGCGCGAAAAGUACGUGUUCGACGUGGUGCUGCCGAUGUUCGAGCGCUUCCAGCAGGCGCGCGGGCUGCGCACCGCCAAAAGCUUCGCGCACUACCCGAGCGUGAUCGUGUCGGAGUGCUGCGAGGGCUUCGAGUACAUUCUGCAGCGCGACCUGAUGGCGCACGGGUACCGCAACUUUCCGCGCACGGAGCCGCUCGCGUACGAGGACGUGCUGCUGGUGCUGACCCACCUCGCCCAGUUCCACGCGAUCUCGUUCGCGAUGCAGCAGCAGGCACCGGACGCGUACGCCCAGAUCGUGAGCGAGCUGCAGGAGACGAUCUUUGUGCCGCCGCUGCACAGCUCGUUCGUCGACUUUCUGCAGCGCAAGGUGGACUACGCGAUCGAGACGCUGCAGCGCAAUCCGGCGGCGGGCGAUGGGGCGGUCGCGGAGCGGCUGUGCCGGUUCCGGGACGAGUACGGGCAGGCGAUGGUGGACUGCGUGCAGAACCGGGACGAUACCGUCAUCUGCCACGGGGACUGCUGGAUCAGCAACAUCCUGUACCGGCCGAUGCCGGCCCAGCGUAACGGUACCGACGAUGGGCACAACAACAACAACAACAACAACAACAACAAUGGCUUCAACAACCAUCAGCACAGCCACAACCACCACCACCACCACCACAGCCAGAAUGCCAAAGAGCUCAAGUUUCUCGACUGGCAGGUGGCCCGGUGUGCCACGCCCGCCAUCGACCUGUCCUACUUUAUCUUCUGCUGCACGGACAGCGAGCUGCGCGAGCGGCUGCCCGAGCUGCUGCGCAAGUACCACAGCGCGCUGGUGCGCCGCAUGGACGAGCUCGGCACGGUGAACGGGCGGGAGCUGUUCCCCUUCGAGCGGCUCCAAAUGCACAUGAAGAAGUACGCCCGGUUCGGUUUCGGCAUGGCACUGAUGACGCUCCAUUCGACGUGCUGCGUGGAGAAGGAUCUGCCGAACGUGUCGGCCGCGCUCGAGACGACGGAGCUGGUCGACAUCGACGAGCUCGCCAAGGACAUGCUGUACAACCCGGCUUACAUUAAGCGGAUGUCGGGCGUUUGCCGCGACAUGGUACGGUUCGGUUACCUGUAAGCACGGCGGUGUGUGUGUGUGUGUGUGCGCGUGUGUGUGUGUGCCAUCUGGACAGCCAGCAAUCUCGCAUUCUCUUCCCAUUCCCACUGUCGUUCUUUCUCUUGCGCGUCCGCGCGCUCUCUCUCUCUCCCUCUCUCUUCCUGCGCGAAAGUGGUUCGCGGGACAAACGGCCCGCCAUGGCCGCUGCGAAUUGGAGCAGCCAAGUUUUAUUAAUUUUUUGCGGCCCCUGUCAAAGGGAUAGUUAAGGUAGUACUUAAGGCUAAGCUAGACCCAUUUCGCGCGUUGUGUUUUAUCCUAUGCAGUAUUUUACCCAUUAACCUGCGGCUAGCGUUGCGCACAAUUACCACAAUACCAAUCAGCGCCAGGUCGCCACAAAAUGAACCUGCAGCUCGAACAAAACAAAUUCUUCACCACUACAGUAUUGGCUCGCGCGGUGGGUCUUUUAUAAUAGAGCAGCCGGGGGAGGCAGCAGGGAGCUCGCAAUUGCCAGUGCGGCGUAUGUGUAACGGUGCGAAUGGGGUAGCAAAGCACCGGGGCACCACGACACGACGAGCGAGUACCGGAACGGGCGCGCGACGCCCGAGAAGGCUAAGAGCUAAGUUACCAAUUAGGCAAAAGGAGCGCGCAACUACUACUGCACACUGAAACAUUACGAAUCGUAAUUUGAAAUUAUUUCACAAUCAUCACAUUUUAGUGAUUGGCACAAAGAUAUUAGGCAGCGUUUAGCAGGUAAGCAGCACGGCCCACCAGUCCACCGCCCAGUGGUGGUGGUGGUCCCGGUGGUACAAUUUUAAUACAGGUCUGUGUGUGUGUGUGUGUGUGUGUGUGUGUGUGUGUGUGUGUGUGUGUGUGUGUGUGUGUGUGUGUGUGAGAGAG